UUUUGCAGAUUUGUGCCCACCAUAUGUUUGAUUAAAUUUCUCUUUGAGAACUAGUUAUCUCUUUGCUGUCCUCACUUUAUUGCUUGCUGUGAUUACUUUAUUUUGCAGCAUUUGUGAGUUCUAGUGAGCCAUCUUACGUUCCUUUCACAACAGGAGUGGUAUCAGAGCCUGGUUCGAUUGUAACCGGGCGUACGACUCAUGGCAUCUAACGGCAAUGCAAUGAAUAUUUCUCAACCAUCAAUUCCAAUCUUCAAAGGUGAAUGCUAUGAAUUCUGAAGCAUCAAAAUGAAGACAUUGUUCAAGUCUCAAGAUUUGUGGGACUUGGUUGAGAACGGGUAUCCUGAACGAGAUGAAGAGGCUAGACUUAAAGAAAACAAGAAAAGGGACUCCAAAGCACUGUUCUUCAUCCAGCAAGCAGUGGAUGAGUCAAUUUUUUCAAAAAUAGCGGCAGCAAAUACAGCCAAAGAAGCAUGGAUGACCUUGCCGACGGCGUUCCAAGGUUCCUCAAAGUGGCAGCUAUUGAGGAGUCGAAAGACUUGGCUACUUACUCGUUUGAUGAACUAAUGGGAUCUUUACAAUCCCAUGAGGCAAGGUUGAACAGGGCAAAUGAAAAGAAUGAUGAAAAGGCUUUUCAAGUGAUGGGGGAGUCAUUUAAACAACAAGAUGACUCAAGGAAGGCAUUAACCAGAGGACGUGGUAGAGGAGGAUAUCGCGGCAGAGGUGGUGGCAGAGGUGGUAGAGGUAGAGGCAAAAUUGGUGGACAAGAUGAGCAAGGGCCAACAACAGAGAGGCAGAAAAAUUACAAGAGCAAUAUCUAGUGCUAUAAUUGCAAGCAGUAUGGGCAUGUGAAGGCAGAAUGCUGGAGGAAAGAAAAGCAAGCAAAUUUUGCAGAAGAUGAGGAAGAGCUCUAGCUAUUUAUGGCCUCUCAAGAUGACAACAAAGCCUCAAGUGACAUCUGGUUUCUGGAUAGCGGGUGUUCCAAUCAUAUGACUCGAAUAAAAUCUUUGUUUAAGGAGCUUGACGAGUCAUACAAACUGAAAGUGAGACUUGGUGAUGACAAACAAGUGCAAGUUGAAGGCAAAGGCACGGUGGCAAUAAGCAAAGGCCACGGUAAUGUGAAGCUCCUUUACAAUGUUUAUUUUAUUCCUUGUCUAUCACAAAAUUUGUUAAGUGUCGGAC